AUGGCCGUCACUUCGAAAACGCUGCAGUGGCUCUGCAGCCUCCUGCUGCUCGUCGGCGUCGCCAGCGCUCUCAAGUUUGAGCUGCCCGCGCACACGGGCGGCGAGAGCCACCGCAAGGAGCGCUGCAUCCGCAACUUUGUCAACCGCGACACCAUGGUCGCCGUCAAGUCGAUUGUCGGCGGCCACAAGGGCGACGGGAUGGUGGUCAACAUUCACAUCCGUGAUGCUCUUGGCAACGAGUACGGCCGUCCUCGGGACGUUGUCGGCGAGAACCGCGUCGUGUUCACCUCGCACUCGGACGCCUCCUUUGACGUCUGCUACGAGAAUCUGUUUUCCGGAUCCCACCGCCCUUCCCCCUCGAUUCGCGAAAUCGAGCUCGACGUCGAGAUUGGCGCCGACGCCCGCGACUGGUCCGCCGUGCAGGCCAACGAGAAGCUCAAGCCUGUCGAGGCCGACCUGCGCCGCAUCGAGGAGAUGACGGGCGAGAUUGUCCGCGAGAUGGAGUACCUGCGCUCACGCGAGCAGAAGCUGCGCGACACCAACGAGAGCACAAACACGCGCGUCAAGUGGUUCGGCGUGGGCACCACCUGGCUGCUGAUUGGCCUCUGGGCCUGGCAGAUCAUGUACCUCCGUGCUUACUUCCGCUCCAAGCACUUGAUUUAA